CGUAACGAGGUCAUGCCUUCGCAAUGUUCAUCGCGUGGCUUGCUACAUCAGAGAGAGAGAGAGAGAGAGAGAGAGAGAGAGAGAGAGAGAGAGAGAGAGAGAGAGAGAGAGAGAGAGAGAGAGAGAGAUAGAGAGAGAGAGAGAGAGAGAGAGAGAGAGAGAGAGAGAGAGAGAGAGAGAGAGAGAGAGACAAGAGAGAGAGAGAGAGAGAGAGAGAGAGAGAGAGAGAGAGAGAGAGAGAGAGAGAGAGAGAGAGAGAGAGAGAGAGAGAGAGAACGAGAGAGCGACACCAAACUGAAAGCCUUUCAAUCAGACGAGCCAAUGGAAUACCAGUCACAACGCUUCAAGGACUACCUAUCGGAGAGGGGAAUCAGGAGACUCAGGCGAUGAACCAUGCUCCAAUGCUGCAGAAUCUCU